AUGUUCGUGAUACAAUACAACCUGGAAGAUAUGCCCGCGAAUUGCCAGACAUUUCUGCGACAACGGACCGUCUACAUGCCAGUAUCGAAGGGAGAAUUUGUUAACACUGUCUCCAAUCCUUCCUCCGAUCUUCUGUCCUUUGUCUUCAGUGAUAAGAGCAAUGUCUCAAAUUCAGAAUCGCUGCCUAUCUUUCUUCGCUAUCUCAUUCACCUUCGAUUCCACACCUCCAAAUCGGGAAAUCUCUAUCUUCACACGGAUAUUCGUCUAAUAUUUGCUCGAGACAAUUUCGAGUUUGAUCCUCGAGUGGCUACUUAUCAAAUGCGCUCAUUCAUCGAGGGGCCAACGAAUCCGCGUUACUCUCCGAAGGCCUGA